AAUCAUUACGUACAGCACCGCAGUACUCAGUCGAUCACUGUACAAUAUACAAACGGACGAACAGACCACGAACUACCAAAAUGCAGGUCACAUUAGUCCUCUCAUCGUUGCUGUUGGCCGUUGCAGUCAGCGCCUACCCCGCUCAAGGCCCCGAAUCUAAGGCGGUCAUCCUGUCCCAAGAACAAGAAGUCAACUUCGACGGAAACUUCAAGAACAAAUUCGAAACCGACAACGGCAUCAAACAAGACGCAGUUGGUUACGCAAAGGCCGGUGCCGAAGGCCCAGUCUCAGUCGUCCAGGGCACAAAUUCCUACGUAGCCCCAGAUGGUUCAGUCGUCUCAAUCGGUUACACCGCUGACGAGUUCGGUUACCAUCCAUACGGCGCUCAUUUGCCCACUUCACCACCAAUUCCAGCAGAGAUCCAAGAGUCUCUCAAAUUAUUGGCCUCUCUGCCCAGCACACCCGAACCACAGUACCAGUGAACGUCUCCUAUAAGGACAGUCCCGCUCCUUUCGUCCUACAAUAAUGUUAUAUAAACUUUUUCAAUUAUAUUAUCAUUCUUCGUCUCACCCUUUCCAUUUUGCAAGACGUUAUAUUGUGCACUGCACCCACACCAUUCUUUGUACAUUUAUUAUUAUUAUGUAUUAUAUUGUUGUGUAUAAUUAUAUUAUAUAACUACCCAUUUACUAUCGUCUAUUUGAAGACAUGAACGUACAUAAUAUGAACGUAUAUAAUAAAUAUAAUAUAAUGUGUUUUUAAAAAACAAA